AUGGCAAAGCCGUUGAGUCUUGCGGGCACGUGUGGGGCUGGCCUUUCGGAACUCAAGGAGGCGAUUUGGCGUGGACAUCAGGAGGUGAUGAGACGGUUCGGUCUCCCAGAGGACAUUGUCGGAGCCUACACUACCUCUGCAGUGGAAGCUAGGGGUUCAGGGAGAGUGGGACGUGACGAGGAAGUACCUGGGAAGCUUCCGGUGCUGUGUCGGGAGGACAUGGUUCACUACCUGGACGUGAGGGGCGGGUGGGAUCUGAAGGAGUGCGAGUGCUGCUUCGACCGCGCUCUGAGCCUGGGGGAAGGGCGUGCUGUCACCAUGCAGAGCCUCUCAUUUGUCCGAUCACUCCUGCACAAGCGGUUGCCUAACGCCACCCCCUUUGCGCCACGCUCCAAUGGAAUCAACGAGGGUGUUCUGGAAUUCUCCGCGGGCGUUUGGAAAGCAAGGGGAGUUGGCGCCGCCUCGUGCACAGUUCUCCUGCAAGUGUGCUCUCGCGCCGUUCGUCUACAGGAAGAGCACGGCACUGCUGCUUCUGUGCUGGUGCAGGUGCUGGGGGUGAAGGAGAGUGCUGAUCUGCAAGAAGGGUUUGGGUUCUUUGUGCAGCAUGUGCUGUCAGGCGGGCUGGAGAAGGCGCAUGCAGAGGGGAGGGGGGGACAUGGGGGAAAGGCUAAGGCGCAGGGUGGGGGAGGAGGGGGAGCAGGAAAGGUGGGGCUGGGGAACUUGGGGCAGAUGGGGCUGAUUGGGCAGAUGGGGCAGAUGUUGCAGACGGGGCAGAUGGGGCAGGUGGGGCGCGCAAUGGAGGUGGUGGGGCGCGCAAUGGAGGUUGUGCGGCGGAGGGUGGAGAGCGGGGAGUGCAUGGGGCCAGAGGACUGUGGGCGAAUCAUGGCAGAGCUGGGUAUGGACCUGGGGGACCUGCUAGGCCGUCGGGCUGAUGGUGCAGGUGACCUGGCGAGGGGCGGUGGUGACAGUGGCAAGGAUGGAAAGGGUGGGCAGUGGAGGGAGCAUCUGAAGGGGCGUGAGUGGGAGAGGUAUGUGGAUGGCAUGGCUUGGAUUCUGGAGCAUGGAGGGGGGGAAGGGAGUGAGUUCAAGUGCAGCCACUGCAGUGACGGGGGCGGCAGCAACAGCAGUGCAAGCAACGUUGUGGAAGGCAGCGGUAUUCCCAAGGGCAUGUAUGUGAGUGGCGUGGGUGCCACUGACUUCGCCCUGGCAGUCGCCUCUGUGUUCUCCAGGCCGGAACACCGCAAGCUGGGAGCCAUGUUCUUCGCAGCGUCUCAGAGUGCAACCAGCAGUAAUGUGCAGGAUGCAGCCAUUGAAGAUGCCCGGGGGAAGCUGAAAAAGCGAGGGCUGGGAACAGGUGUGAGCGAGGGAGGGGCAAGAGGAGGAGGACUCGAAACAGCAACAUCAGCAGCACCAGCAACAUACCCCAAAGCGGCUGCUGCCUCGGCCAAAGCCAGCUCUUUUCAUUGCAGCAGCAGUUCUGUCAGAAGCAAUGCGCUGCUUGAUGCUGGCAGCGGUUCGACUGGCAGUGGGACGUUCAAUCGGGGCCUCGUUCCUGUCAACACAAAUCCCGCUGUUGGUCUCCUCACAUAUCGGGUUGCUCGCCUCUUGCAGUGGUUUCGAAUCUACGGCUCAGAUUUUGUCUCCGCCAAGAGCUGCUUCAAGGACAGCCCACAGGGCAAGGUCCUGCCCAUGCGCCACCCACUUCGGGAUCUUCCGAGCCUGCUGGUCAGGUUCGGCGCUGUUCUCCCAUCACUGGAUGGAAGCACCGACCUCCAGGAGUGGGAGGAGUGGCCCGAGGGGGACGAAGCUACUGUCAAGUUUUCAGAGGAUGCGAGUGCCAGAUGUUUUGGGAUGGGCAGGGCUGCCAAGGAAGUGCCGUCGCCUCGAAGCGAGACCCGUCCGAUCAUCCGUUGCCGGGCAGAUGCAGACUUGGUGGUGGACUUCGCCGGUCUGUUCCUGGACGCACCAGCAUGCGCCCACUGCAGCUGCUGCAUCCACUCGUACAUCUCCCAUGUCUCCUUCGUCACUUUCAUUGCCAACUUCGCCUAUUCCCCAGCCUCCAUCCUCCUGGACUGCUUUCUCUUCGUCUUCCCACCUCAUUCUGAGGUGUUUCAAAGCCUUCUCGCCCGCUUGCGCUUGGAGAAUCCAUGUGAUAGCCUUUCUGCCAAGCGGAGCAGCAGCAGCAGAAGUGUGCAAGCGUUACGGGAGCGGGCAGAGCAGGUGCCAGUUGCCUUUCUGCUCAGCGUGGCGCUGCUCUGCGCCACGCCUCUCCUGCAACAGAUUGGGAUGGAAGGCGGGUGGAACCCGAGGGCUGGUGGGGGAAGCUCUGGGGCGAAUCAGAAGGCAGGCGGACGGAGGGCAGGGAGUGGGGCACGUGGAAAGGGCAUGGAGGGCGGAGAGGGUGAUGGAGGUUGUGGGGUUGUAUGGGAGGAAGUUCAGUCCUGGUCUAUGGUGGCAACGCUGCCGGCCACGUCAGCCAGUAUGGGGGGAGGUGGGGUCGCCUGCAGUGCGAGCGAGGCAAAGGAACGUAGCGCGAGUGCACGCAUGGAAGCACUGGCGGAGAUGUAUGAGCGCUCUCUGCUGCCCAGAUUCCGUGAAGACUUGAAGCACGAGAGUGGGACUUUCAGUGCCUGUGGCGACAACAGCAGCAGCCAUGGGAAGCAGAAGGGCAAGCAGUGUGGGGAGCAGAAAGGCAUGGCAUGGGGGAGUCAACCUUGUGGCAUGUCUGCGAGAGAUGCUGCUGGGGGAGCCGUGCUACCGCCCUGCCUCGCCUGCCUCUCCAACCGCUGGCCGCCGCACCUACAGCUGUGCCCGCACGCCCCGCUGGCCGCCGCGCCUGCUCGCUUUGCCCGCCACCGCGCCUGCGUGUUAGGCCCUCACUUCCGCCGCCGCGCCUGCCCGGUUCGCCCGCUGCCGCGCCUGCUCGUCGGCCCCCUCGCGGACCCUCCCUUGGCGCCGCCGCGCCUGCCCGUUCUGCCCGCCGCCGCGCCUGCUUGUUAG